AUGCACCUGCCACGCCGUCCGACUUCAGAACAAGAAACGCUCACAGUAAAAAGAACCAAACAACUCAACUAUCCAAGGGAAACGUGGCAACCUGCGGUACCUCUGUCUUUAUUAUCAAAAUCUUAACCAGCCAGCAGGCUGCUUCACCUUACUGCCUGCCAACUUUUUCAGUCACCCAUGAACAUGCAAAGAAAUGAGCUGAUUAUCUUUUUGGCUGACCAAAAGGAACCCUACUUUAAGCCCCGUGUCAAGUUACCAAUGAAAUCUCUUGGUGUUACCAUAACCAGUGUAGUUCCUGGAGAUUAUGAUGGUGAUUCACAAAUGGAUGUCCUCCUGACUACCCGGACACAAAAUCAUGGCAAAGAUGAACUUUCAGUGUUUAUUUUUUGGGGGCACAACCAAACAUUAGAUCUUAACCAUAAAAGUAUGAUAAAUAAGACUUUUCUAGAUGAGCCUCUAGUAAUGGACUUUAAUGGAGACUUGAUUCCUGACAUCUUUGGUGUCACAACUGAUUCAAAUAAGCCCCAGAUAUGGAUAGGCGGGAACUUGUCAUGGCAUGCUGUGUUGGAAACUCAAAGUACAAUGUAUAUACCACACUCUCAUGCAUUUAUAGACUUAAAUAAUGACUUCACUGCUGAUUUAUUCCUUACUACAUCACCACAUUCAAACCCAGAAAACAUUCAGUUUGAGGCAUGGGUAAAUAAGGAUGGGAAUUUCACUAAACCUGGAAAAAAUAAGGAAAUGCCUAGUGGUGUGAAAGUUGUUGGACAAUCUGUGUUUGCAGAUUUUGAUGGGGAUGGACAAAGUGAACAUUUAUUACCCGUCUGCGAAGACAGAACAUGUCAAAAAAGUGCCAUCUACGUAACUAAGCAUGGAUUGGAUCAGUGGAUUCCAGUCUUGCAAGACUUCAGAAAUAAAGACACACUCUGGGGCUUUGUACCAUAUCAAAAUAACAAAUCUUCAACAGAAGUUUCAUUUCCAAUUACACUUCAUAUUGGUGAUUACAAUAUGGAUGGCUACCCAGAUGCUCUUGCUAUACUACGGAACACAUCUGGAAGCAAUCAACAAGCAUUUUUACUAGAAAAUGUCCCAUGCAAUAAUGUAAGCUGCAAGAGUGUACAUCGGAUGUUUAAAGUUUAUUGGGAGCUGUUGGAUCUAAAUCAAAUCAAGGAUGCUGUGGUGGCAACCUUCUUUGACAUAUAUGAAGACGGAAUCCUGGAUAUCAUUGUGCUAAGCAAAGGCUCCUCCAAAAAGGACUUCACUAUCCAUACAUUAAAAAAUAACUUUGAAGCAGAUGCCUACUUUGUAAAAGUUAUUGUUCUCAGUGGCCUGUGUUCUAAUGACUGUCCUCGGAAAGUAACACCUUUUGGUGUUAAUCAGCCUGGUCCUUACAUCAUGUACACUACUGUAGAUGCAAAUGGAUACCUAAAAAAUGGGUCAGCUGGACAGCUUAGCCAAUCAGCACAUUUUGCUCUCCAGUUGCCAUACAACGUGCUAGGCUUGGGACGUAGUGCAAAUUUCCUUGACCAUUUGUAUGUUGGAAUUCCUCGUCCUUUAGGAGAAAAGUCCAUAAGACGACAAGAAUGGACAGCAAUCAUUCCAAACUCCCAGCUUAUAGUCAUCCCCUAUCCUCAUAAUGUCCCUCGAAGCUGGAGUGCCAAGCUGUAUCUGACCCCAAGUAACAUUGUGCUGCUAACAGCUAUAGCCUUAAUUGGUGUCUGCGUUUUCAUCCUGGCAAUAAUUGGCAUAUUACAUUGGCAAGAAAAGAAAGCAGAUGACAGAGAGAAGCGACAGGAGGCUCAUCGGUUCCAUUUUGAUGCUAUGUGACAUGCCUUAAUAUUUAUGAAGGAGAUGCUACUCAUUUGCUUAAUUGAAUACUAAAUUCAGAUUUGUGAAAUUAUUACCGUGAAAAUACUGCUGGUGUGCUAUUUGUAAAUGUUGCAUUAUUUGGUAUUUAUUUGGAAAGUAUUAAAAUUAGACCUGAAUGUCUUGCAAGGCCUGUCAGUUAACAGACUGUAUAUAACAACAUUUGGUCUUUAUUUAACAGAACUGUAAAUUUAUUUUUCUUAGUAAAGGGAUCAAAUUGCAUGUACCAUUGUUUACGUUUCACCAAUUCUUUAGUAAUGUUUGAUAGAAGGCAAGUUGUGUAAAUAAAGUUCAGCAUUUCAGUGAGCAGAAUACUUUGUACCACUUCAAUUGGGCUUGUUAUUUGUACAGUCCUUGCAAAAUAACCUGCAUUUUUGAAAACUUAAGCUUGAGCAAUUUCUCAGAUGACUUGAUCAUUAUUUUGAUUGUACUAAAUGGUGCUCAA